AUGGAUUUAAGAAACUUAUCUUCGACGCCGAACCAGUUGGACUCAGUAAUACAACGUCGACCAUCAUUAUCUUCAUUGUCUUCAACUUCAGGAUAUGCAUCCUCAAGUUAUGGCGGUGGAAAUGGAAACAGUACGCCUCAACUUUCUAACCUGAGAUUGGUAUCCAGCUCCAAAAAUAACAUGGGUCUACAGAACUCGUGGUUGAACCAACAAUCCGGAAGUGGAAAUCAGAAUGCUUCCGCUACCAACGUUGGCCCUUGGGUUGAGCAACAGCAACAGCAACAGCAAUCGACCUUAAGCAGCUUGGAUAGUAAAACACUAGGAGCAAACUUGCAGAAGGCUAAAAACGUGGAUGCAGAAGAAACUUCUAAUGGGAAGAAUUCUGAGGGAAAUAAUGCUGGUCCUAGAUUCAAUAGCAGCAACGACGAGGAAGAAGAAGAGGAAGAUGAUGAUUUAAUUCCAACAGCAAUUGUUAUCAAAAACAUUCCAUUUGCUAUAAAAAAAGAACAGUUACUUGACGUCAUGACCAAAUUGACUUUGCCUCUACCUUACGCCUUCAAUUAUCAUUUUGAUAAUGGCGUGUUUAGAGGAUUGGCUUUUGCAAACUUUACAUCCACCGAUGAAGCUUCAUUGGUAGUAAAUCAGCUUAAUGGUAGAGAAAUUGGGGGAAGAAAAUUGAGAGUUGAAUACAAAAAAAUGCUACCACUCCAAGAAAGGGAAAGAAUUGAAAGGGAAAAGAGAGAAAAACGUGGUCAGUUGGAAGAACAGCAUCGCUCAAACUCGAAUGCCUCUUUGGCAUCUUUGUUAUCAGCAGCGUCCACGACUGCUGCCACCAAGAAUUUGAGUGUCAAUGGUGCGACAAAUCCAAGUACGACCGAGCGUUUAUUUUUCACAAUACCAGUUACUGGUAACUUCUCUGCUCCGCCAAUUGAUUUGAAUUUUAACGAUCCCGAAACACUUGACUUAUACUCUCAACUAGUUCUUUACAGAGAUGACAUUUCCAAGUCCAUUUUCGAAUUGGCCAUUUCGACUUCUAGUUUGAACUUGAGUCAAAGAAAAAUUUUGUCUGUAAUGUGCAAUUACUUGAACCUACUAGAAUUGUUUGAUAAUGGUUUAAUCAUCGUGAGGAGAAAGCCUGGCCACGUUGCCCAGGGUCUUAUUAACCAAAGCACUCAAUCUCCACAGCCACCUUCACAUUCAAAUUCCAUGAUGAAUUUGAAUCAACAUACUCAGCUAAAUGCGCAAGGACACCCGGAUUUAUUGAGAUCUCAAUCUCAAUCAGCUUUGCCAUUACCUAGAUUGAGACAACAAACAUCAACACCAAUCCAACUGCAUUUUCCUCAGUAUAGUCAAGCAGCUCAACAGGGAUCAACUGGACCACAGUCACAACAAGCGAGGCCAUUUUCCCAGGUUCAAUCUUUUAAUAUGUACCAACAACCUGCACAGCAGUCACAGGGUUCAACUCAAGCAUCGCAACUAGCCAAUCCGAAUAUGGGUUCUACCAGUGCGGCAGCUUUACUAAGAUCUUCUAAUAAUAGAUCUUAUGUGGACAUUAGAUCCACCCCACCAUUGUCUAAUUCAUUCAAUCAGCAGCAACAGCUGCAACCUAUCAUGGAUUCACCCAUCCCACUGCAGCCUCAUCAGAAUCAGCAAAAUUUUUUCCAAGGGCUGGGGUUACCAAAUAGCUCCCAACCAUCAACCCCUCUAGCUGGUAAUGAUAUCAGCUCGAGGUUUCAGCCAUUUGCGAAUAGUCACUUGUCGGGCAGCUUUACGUCAUUGCAGCAAACAAAUUCAAAUGCUCCAUUGGAUGAUAUCAAUUUGAAUUCCUCAAAUGGGAAUGACUCUUUAAACAAUCAGUUCCAUUCUUUAAAUGUGACAAAUUCGAACAAUUACGAUAGUUCUUUAGGAAUUUGGGGACCCAAAUAG